AUGACUGCGCCUAAACUGCCGGGGGCCGGCCCAGCCCGAUGGCGCGGGGAGUACGGCAUCACUGUUUCACUUAAUACAGCCGCGCACAGCGGGUGCCUUUUGAGCAGCACCAGACUCUUUGGUUUCAACCGUAUUGAACAAUGUGCCGGCGGUCACGGCCAACCGCCUCCUGGAUGGGGAUCCCGGGGCUCAACUCACCAGUAUUUAAUGACACUGGCGGAAAUGGCCCAAUGGCACAGUCAGUGGAGCCCGUCUAUCACAACUAUCGCCUUCAAUGCGCCAUCAUCAUCAUCAUCCUCAUCCUCCUCCUCCUCCUCCUCCUCAUCAUCAUCAUCAUCAUCGACAGCAUGA